ACUCAAAAUACCAAAUUGUCUUAAAGGUGCAUCAAUUUGAGCAAUUUAAAAUCUGAUAGAAAGGAAAAUGCUGAGAAGAUUUAAUUUUUCCCCCAUUUUGACUGAAGCCUCUUUUGCAAAAUACCUCUGCCAGAUAAUAUUGAUUCCUCUAUAAAAUAUAAUCUUGCAGGAUGACAUCGUUCUUGCAUCAACUCUAUAUGAAGGUUAAAGCUGCAUGCCAAGGUGAUUGAAGUAUAAUCGGAUCCUACAAAAAUUUCUCCAAGCCAUACACCAGAUUCUGUAGAAGUGAUCAGGUUAAUGACUAUAGUUUUACUUCGUGAUCAGAUGAGGCAGAAUGCUUGAGGUGAGAGAUGAAUUAUUGUUUGAUGACUUACCUUUAGUCUUACAACCUUUCUGAUAGCCAAGAUUAAGCCUGGCAUGAGGCACCGCACAUCUGUUAUGUCAUGUUUGAUUGUAUAAACCUGCAGCCAGUGUUGCAGGGCUUUUGGAUCAGAGUGGUAAUAAAGGUAAAGUACUCAAGAAAUACUUUCUAAUCUUUUAACAAAGAAGAUAGAAUACUUCAGAGAACAUGCCUCUCCGGGGCCAGAGAAGUAAACUGUUGUAUUGGAUGGAAGCCCAGGAAGGACCAAGCUGUGAACACGAACUCCAUCAUCACCUAGGACUUGACCCCUUGCCUUGCAAGGAGAAAAAGAUGAAUUAAUAAUGAGCCAUCAUAUCAUGCUUGAAUCCUAAUAGGCGAUUGAUAGUUAAAUGUUAUAUGGGCUUCUCUAGGAUCCUUCUAUUGAUAGCAUUUCACAACAAUGAAACUCUCUCUACUUAAUUUAUGGUGUAUAAGCAGUAUGUACUUGAAUAAUCAUUAUGAUGACAUUUCCCCUGCUUUUUUCUCAACAUUUUCUUUACUUUGUUGCUUUGAGCAUAAACACUAAUGUUAUUUGUUUCCAUUCUCCUGCAGCCACCAACUGGAAAGACAGAAAUGGAAGGAACUUCCAAAAUAUAUUGAUACUUACCAGAACAUCCGUUGAAAUAUCUUCUCUGUUGUAGAUUUGGCCAAGGUUUGAGAGGUUGUUGGCAAUUUGGAUUGCAUCUUGUGAGGGAAGGUCCUGUUAUCGAUAACAAGUUUAGAACUUUCAAUGCUUCAUAGACAAGGCAGGUGCAUCUUACUUUGCUCUUGAUAGUAAUUUAGAGUUAGGUAAAUGUUCUUCAUUUUUUAUUUUUUUGGUACAUUUUCUUCGUUGAAUAAUGUAUAAUAUGUUUAUUAAAGCUCCUUUUCUAACACUUGAUUAACUUUUAUGCCAACUGCAUCAUGUACUUAGAUUAAACACCCCAUUGAAAA